AUGAAUACGCUGGUGGUGUUAUGUGCUCUAGCUACCGUGGCCUGCGGGUCCAUUGUACCCUUGGUGCAGCCCUAUAACCACGCUGCGUUGGUUUUGGAUCCCCACGGCCGGCCGCUGGAUACAGCUGAAGUAGUUAAUGCCCGCGCCCUUCACCUUCAAGCCAAGGCAUUGGAACACUCUUCCCUUGCCCACGCUGCAGUUAUAUCUCCAGUUGCUCACGCCGCAGUCGUUGCCCCUGCAGUGGUCGCCGCCCCUGCUGCCGUGUCUCAUCAAUCUCGAGUGGAUGUUCACCACAGCCCAGCCCUCGUAGCUCACGCCGCUCCUGUGGUUGCCGCUUAUGCCUCCCCUUACUUGGGUCACUCAGCCCUGGGUCUCGCCGGACACGGACACUACCUCAAGAAGCGCUCUCUAGGACACAUUGCUUACAGUGCUCCUGUUAUCGCCCCCGCUGCCGUCUCUCACCAAUCUCGUGUAGAUGUUGUAUCUAGCCCCGCUGUUGUGUCACACGCAGUUGCUGCACCCGUCCUUGCCCACGCCGUCGCCGCCCCAGUUGUCGCUCACGCCAUCGCACCUGCAGCAGUAUCUCACCAAUCCCGUGUGGACGUUCGCUCAAGCCCUGCCAUCAUAGCUCACGCUGCUCCGGUCGUUUCCGCUCAUGCCGCAUAUGCUCCUCUAUUGGGACACUCUGCUUACGGUCUCGCCGGACACGGACACUACCUCAAGAAGCGUUCCCUGGGACACAUUGCCUACAGCGCCCCCAUCAUCGCUCCAUCUGCCGUCUCUCAUCAGUCUCGUGUGGAUGUUGUAUCUAGCCCAGCUAUUGUUUCCCACGCCGUAGCAGCACCCGUCCUCGCCCACGCUGUCGCCGCUCCAGUAGUUGCUCACGCUAUUGCUCCUGCCGCAAUCUCUCAUCAAUCUCGUGUGGAUGUCCGCUCCAGCCCAGCUGUCGUCGCUCAUGUAGCUCCAGUAGCUCACAGCGUCAUCUCCGCUCCCCUCGCUCACUCCGCCCUUCUUGGCGCACCCCUUGCCCAUGGAGCCGGUCAUUCGGUUCAUGACAUCACAUAUUACUGGGGAAGAAAAAGUACUAUCUGA